UUAAUAAAAGUUCAAAAGCUCUGGUUUCGCAAAAGUUUUCAAAGUGUCCUAUUUUUCAAAAGUUUAGUAUGGAAAGUCCUAUUUUUGCAAAUUUCCCGAGAGAGAUGAGUGUGAAAUAGAAAGGAGGCGGCCAAUUUUAGAAUUGGGGAAGGAGAGAUGGGAGAUGGGAGAUGGGAGAUGGGUAGGCAUUACAGGCUCCCACGAUCGCUGCUUGUGCUUUCCCAUUCCGGGCCUCCGCCAAAACGCAGCCAUUCAAUUCUGCCUCCCUUCUUAAGCCCCCUUCCCCCGCAGUCUUCAUGCUGCCCACCAAAGAAUUCCCAUCCCUUCGCCUUCUAUUUCCUUUCUCAACCUCCCCGCCCCCCUCUCUCCCCUCCAUCUCCAUUCCCUCCUCCCUCUCUCGCCGUUUCCCUUCUUCUUUCUUCUUCUUCCCCACUCGAAUCCUCCCCGGGGCGGGUGCGGGUUCGAGCCACCGAAGAAGAAGAGAAAGGAGAAGAAGAAUGUUUGAGAAUAGUGCCCCCAAUAUGACCCCCGAUACCAGCGCCUGCGCCUCCCCCACCCCCACGUUGACCAGGAAUCAGGCCUCCAAACCCCCCAAGCCCGUUCCGGUUAAAGACGAAGAAGGACCCAAAGAGAAGCAGCUUUCAGAUGUGGACAUAUUGAAGGAGAGGUUUGCCAAGUUGCUCCUGGGAGAGGACAUGUCCGGCGGAGGAAAGGGCGUGUCAUCGGCUUUGGCGUUGUCCAAUGCCAUUACGAAUCUUGCAGCUUCUAUCUUUGGCGAGCAAAAGCGGCUGGAGCCUAUGGCACCGGAAAGGAGAGCAAGGUGGAGAAAAGAAAUUGACUGGCUCUUAUCUGUCGCCGAUCACAUUGUUGAAUUGGUUCCUUCUAAACAAAAAUCAAAAGAUGGAUCCAACAUGGAGAUAAUGACGACAAGGCAGCGAAAUGAUCUCCACUUGAACAUCCCAGCCUUGCGCAAGCUUGAUGCGAUGCUUAUGGAUUGCUUGGAUAACUUCAAAGAACAGAACGAAUUCACCUACGAGAAGAGAGAUGAUGACACCAAGAGGCAAGAUGACAAAUGGUGGAUACCCACGCCUAAGGUUCCCGCAAAUGGUUUGUCUGAUGUCACAAGGAAAUGGCUGCAGUUCCAAAAGGACUCCGUCAACCAAGUACUCAAAGCCGCCAUGGCUAUAAACGCACAAGUUAUAUCAGAGAUGGCGAUCCCCGAAGACUACAUCGAAUCCCUGCCCAAGAAUGGUCGGUCAAGCCUUGGAGAAUCGAUCUAUAGAAGUAUUACGGUGGACGAUUACUUCGAUCCUGAGCAUUUCCUUUCCACUUUGGAUUUAUCGUCAGAGCUUAAGAUCCUAGACCUCAAGAAUAGGAUCGAGGCAUCGAUUAUGAUAUGGAGGAGGAAGAUGAAUGCCAAAGAUGGAAAGUCUCCUUGGGGAUCAGCUGUGAGCUUCGAGAAGAGAGAACUAUUUGAAGACAGAGCAGAGACCGUCUUACUCAUUAUUAAACAUCGAUUCCCUGGAAUCCCUCAGUCUUCACUGGAGAUCAGCAAAAUCCAAUACAACCGGGACGUUGGACAGGCAAUUCUGGAGAGCUACUCGAGAGUACUAGAAAGCUUGGCCUCCACGGUCAUGUCAAGAAUAGAAGACGUUCUCCACGCAGAUUCUGUGGCGCAAAAUCCAUCGCUUGGAGAACAAAAAAGGAAUCCUCUUGUACAAGACACCUCACUAGUUACAUCGACAGACAGGUUCCCCAGUGCGCAAGAAGAGUUAGAGAAGCUGAACUCAGCACAAACACCCUCUUCAAUGACGCUAUCGGAUUUCAUGGGCUGGACCUCAGACCACAGGGAGGAUGAACCCAAGACAGAUCCAGCAGCAGCAGAAACCCAUUUGUGCAUCGAGAAUGAGAAGAAGUGCCUAACCAAGACACUCACCAUCGUGACCAGCAGGAAAUUUUCCUACAUCGAGAAGCUCGAGAACUCGGGCGGUUUAAGAAGUCCAACAGCUCGCCAUUGAUUUGCACAAGAGGAGAGAGAGAGAGAGAAGAAGUGAAGUGAAGUGAAAGGCAGACCUCAAAGAGGAGGAGAACAGGGAGAGAGCAGAAGCAGAAAGAGCAUGCGUGUGUUUAGGCGGCGGCGGCGGCUGCUGGUGCUGCUGCUUGGUGAAUGGAUGAAGAAUGAUGAUUGGUUGGUUGUUUCAUUUUGUAAAUAGGGAAAGCUGAGUUGACUUUCCCUGUGUUGGGCCGGAAGCGUUUUAUUUAAGCUUCUCCUUCCCAAGGGAUCGCAAUUGUUUGACAUGUAACGUAACGAAGGGCAAUUUGCAGUCUUAACAAGCAGCUAAGCUAACCACACCUCACCUUCACCUUCACCUUCA